UUUUUCUUAUUACAUAAAUUAAGUGGAAGGAAAAGACGUGUGGUAUAUCAUAUAUAUUUUUGAUGAUGAUGCAGACAGAUUGACCAUUAUAUGUGCAUUUUCAACACACAUUUUCUCUGCCCAUCUCCUCUUUUUCCUCUGCCUUUUAUACGGAGCUGUAGUGUGUGUGUGUGUGUGAGCUUUUGAGCUGAAGAUUCUUGGUGAAGGAGUGUUAUAGAAAGUCUUGAGGUUUUCUUCAUCUGGGCUGUUGAGAUUUUCUUGGAAAAUGGCUAAAAAUGGAGUGUUUUCUAGAUUGAGGAGGUUGGAGAAGGGUGAAGGGGUGGAUGAUUUGUCAGCAUAUAGUGAUACCCAUCAUGAGGUUCAUGUUCUUGCUGUGGAUGACAGUCUUGUUGAUAGAAAAGUCAUUGAGAGAUUGCUCAAGAUCACUUGUUGCAAAGUGACAGCAGUGGAUAGUGGGAUGAGGGCUUUGCAGUUCUUGGGAUUGGAUGAGGAGGAAACUUCUGUUGGUUUUGAUGAUGGUUUAAAGGUAGAUCUGAUCAUUACAGACUAUUGCAUGCCUGGAAUGACUGGCUAUGAAUUGUUGAAAAAGAUCAAGGGUUCAUCUACUUUCAGAGAAAUCCCAGUUGUGAUCAUGUCAUCCGAGAACAUUUUAGCUAGGAUUGACAGAUGUUUGGAAGAAGGAGCUGAAGAUUUCAUAGUAAAGCCUGUGAAAUUGUCGGACGUUAAACGACUGAAGAGCUGUAUGUUCGGUGAAGGUCGAAUGCAGAGACAAGAUGGAGGAGGUUUCAACAAGAGGAAAUUACAAGACAACUCCGACUUUUCACUCUCAUCCUCAUCCUCACCAGACAACGCAUCCUCAAGUCCAUCGCCACCGUCCAUUUCAUCCCCAUGUUCGCCAAGAUCAUUUUUGUCCUUGCCAUCCAGACCGUGCUCCCCUCCGUCCCUAGAUUCUCCCACGAGACGGUUCAAAACAAGCAACGACAAGUAAAAACCUGUCCAAGAAACACAGUUUUUGAGUCCCUUGUUCCCUUCCUAUCGGACGAGCCAGUCAGCCAGCCAAUCGGCCCAUCGGCAAGUCCCGAUUUUUUGGCCCUACAGAUGGUUCUUGAUCCAACCACAGCACCAAGUCCAAGUCCCACAGAGAAUGUGAAUACAAAGUCAAAAAUUCAUUAGCCUAUUAAUUUUUUUUUUGAUCUUGUUGAUACAUGACUUUUUGUCAUCAUGAUUGUGGCUGAGAUAUGGUAAUUAAAGAAAAUCUUUGAUGACAGAUCCAUUGUGGUUGGAAUUGGAGAUAUGCGGAUUUAGAUUGAUUUGAUUCGGA